GGUGGGAGCACCUAGCAAUGAUCAACUGAGCCUGGGAACAGUUCACCACAAACAGGUGGGCACUGGGGACAAGAGCCAUAGUGUCAGUUUGAAACCUAGGAGGUCAAUGAGGUGAGAAGUCCAGCUGUGGUAGGCUCUGUGGUAGUCUGAACCAUGAUUCAGAAAAAGCCCGAAUCCCUAAACAAAUUUGGUGGAGAUGGUCCAGAAUUGCGCUGGGUUGGACUGUUACGGGGUGAGGCAUUGGGCACCUGUAGGAUCAUCUAGAAAAUUGAUUUGGGGCUAAAUCUGGGAUUGGUGUCCCUAGGUUGGGCCCUUGAAUCAGAUGGGGUUGGGCUGUGCCUCAGCCUAGUCUUCCCCUCCUUUCCUCUCUCUCCUUUCGGGUGAGGCAAAUGAUGGUAGAUAUCCCCAUGGAGGUUGAGGUGGGAUAAUCCAGCUGGUGCAGGCUAUGUGGUGGCUUUUGCCUGCCUGCCUGCCUGCCUCCUCUCACCUGGAAUUGGCACGCAGAAACAAUCCCACCUCUCUUCCCAUCUGGAAACUCAUUGCUUGUCAUUCUGUUGAAGAGAAAGGAGGCCUACUGGCAGAGAAGUCUGUUUUUCAAGAUCUCUGUAAACCGCAAGGUCCUUGCGCUGGCCUGACUAAGCAUUACCGGGUCCCAGGGCGUGUGGGAUCGGCUAUCACGUCGGCCUGUAAAUAAUUUAUGUUGGAUGGUUUUCUGGCAUUUUCCCUGAACAGAGCACUAUUUACCUGACAUUUGACACUGGCAAAGCUAUUACAAGAGGCACCCCAGAGACUACGUUAACUGACAAAAUAGGGGCACCUCAGCUGGUUUACACGCUUGUGGCAAGGAAAUUCAGAGGAGUCUUGGGACAGGGACUCAUUUUUAUGCAUAUCUGACUGUCAGCAAUCCAAAUUAACCCAUACUUCACAUUUUGGCAUUUCCUUUGCUUUUAUCCUAAAUAAGAAGUUGUGGGUCGAGGUAAACUCAAGAGACUGGAGAACUAUUCAUCUCAAAAUCCUCUGUUACAUCUCCCUCUCUUUGCCUCUCCAAUGCCUCCCUGGCAUAGGCACCAACUUGUAGGGGCUAAGGCAGUUCCCCCCCCCCCAUGUAUUUUUUGAGGAAGCUGGGCCCCCUCAGUUUUCAGAGAGCGUUUGGCUCUGCCCCCUGACUCCUCACAUCUUUGCACAUGCAAUGUCAGCAUGUUGCGUGGCAUCAUGAUGCCCCCCCCAAUCCUCUGAAGAAGCUGGUGCCUCUGUUCCCUGGCUAGCAGACAGCCUUUCUGUGGUCAGUUCAGAUGUGGUGACUCCAGCUGGAUAAGCCAUGGUUUAUCUGCCUGGGAAUGAACUGGGUGUCUCCAUGCUCCCUUCUUGACACAGUAGCUCAUUCCUGUGUGUGCCUGGCUACAGAGAACAACGGUGUCCUACUUUCUUAAGUCACAGUUUACCUUGACAUCCAAACUGGGAAACAGUGGUUUAAGGCUCUCAUGCUGGCAGGUUUGGAAGGACUCCUUAAGUCAUAGUUUCCUGGUUCAGACAUCACAUGAAACCGUGGUUUGAGAAAUAAAUAUAGCUUCGCUGAAGCCAAGUGCAUGAGUGGAGGAGGGAAGAAGAGGAGGGAGCAUAUGGGCACAUUAGUACUUAACAAACUGUAGUUCCCAGGACUCUUUGGGGGAAGCUGUGGGUGUUAAAGUGGUAUGAUACUGCUUUAAAUCUAAGGUGAAUGUGUGGCCUGUAUCUUCUUCUCACCAUAGAAUACUGACAAAAAGUCUCUUUGUGUGUUUUACAUGACUUUCAAUCUGCGAAAGGGUCCAAUAUAGAUAGACAAAAUAAUUAACGGGUAUUUUCCACCAUGACAAACCAAUCAGGAUCUUCUUGCUACUCUCUUUGGUACACUCAUUACCGUGCGGUGUACAUUAAAAAGCGAUAUGAAUUGCAUUACAGUGUAAAAGGGGAACCAUUAUGCAAUAAAUCAGAACCAAAUGCCGAAACAGAUAGGCUGAGCGGUGGAAGCAAGCAAAUGAUGAUGAGCAAAGACUCUAUUAUUUCAACCGAGCUUUCAAUAUUUAAUUUCCUCAUGUGUUUCCCUCCUUUUAUAUUCUAAUAAACUUGCAGUACUGUUGCAGCUGCAGUGACUCAGCAGCAAUUCAGUGGAACUGGUGCAAGGCAUCUCCUAUCUAUCUUAGUUCAUGAGCCCUGGGGCUUAACAGCAGAGCAGAUUUGGCCCAGAACUGAGGUAUCACUCAGGGGUGGCUGGUACCCACUGGGAAUGCUGGGGCAGAAAGUAGGGAAGCCAACAGUAGAAUCAUAGAAAUGUAGAGUUGAAAGGGACCCAAGGGAUCAUCUAGUCCAAUCCCCUGCAAUUCAGGAAUCACAACUAAAGCAUUCCCAACAGGUGGCCAUCCAACUUCUGUUUAGAAACUUUCAAUGAAGAAGGGUCCUUCACCUUCUGAGGGAGUCCAUUCCACUGUCAAACAGCUCUUACUGUCAGAAAGUCCUUCCUGAUGUUUUAUCAGAAUCUCAUUUCUGGCAGUAUGAAUCCUAUCCUCCGGAACAGGAGAAAGCAAACUUGCUCCAUCUUUCAUGUGACAGCCCUCUAGAUAUUUGAUGAUGGCCAUCACAUCUCUCAGUCUCCUCUUUUCCAGGCUAAACAUGCCUAACUCCCACAGGUAGGUAGAGUCAAAACUAAUGAUAGGCAGACCUAACUCAUUUUAGUUUUAUCCCCAUCCUGUUCCUUCCUGAGUACUACAGGGCAGCACUGAGACCCAGGAAGAGAACGCCAAGAACCAGGACUAUCCCUGGACUUGCUGUAAGUAAGAGGGCAGGUGGGGUUGGAGGAAUCUGAAGUUGGUGGAGCUGUGCCCCAUUUGUCCAAAUGGACCACCCUCUUUAGCAGUGGGUGUUUGGGGCAGAGGCGGAGGGCAGGUGAUAUCCCUGCCAGUGUGGUGUAAUGGUUAAGAACGGUAGACUCGUAAGGUGGUGAACUGGGUUCGCUUCCCCGCUCCUCCACAUGCAGCUGCUGGGUGACCUUGGGCUAGUUCUCUGAAGUCUCUCAGCCUCUCUCACCUCACAGAGUGUUUGUUGUGGGGGAGGAAGGGAAAGGAAAUUGUUAGCCACUUUGAGACUCCUUAGGGUAGUGAUAAAGCGGGAUAUCAAAUCCAAACUCUUCUUCUUUUAGCUGCUUCUGCCUGUAGUCUUGAAGCUCUGGCUCAUCUCUUGUAACUAUACCACUUUAGUGCCACUGACCUCCUACUUGAGAUGUGGGAACACGGAAAAUUGCCUUCUACUGAGUCAGACCAUUGGCCCAUGAACCCCAGUAUUGUGUGCACUGGCUAGCAAUGGCUUUCCAGGGUUUCAGGCAGGGAACUCUCAUAGCCCUGCUUGGAGAUGCUGGGGUUUGAAGUGCAAGUUGCACUGAGUUACAGGCCUUCUCCAAAUGUUUAAAGAAACAAAUAGAAGUGCUUCCCUUCAAAACAAUUUUGGGCAAAGUAAACUAGAGGCCUAUUCUCAGCAUUUCCUGGGAACAGAGAUUGACUGUUGAGCCACUCAGGGAGUUGUAACUCUGUGAGGAGAAUAGGGGUCUUCUAACAAUUCUCAGCAUCCUUAACAAACUAUACUUCCCAGGAUUCCCGGGGUGGGGAGCUAGGACUGCUUAAAGUGGUAUAAUAGUCUUCUAAAUGUAGGGUUUGAAUGUGACCUUAUUAUGACUCAUUGGAGUAAGUGACUGGAUGCAGGCAGCUUUCUUUAAUGAAUGAUGUUACCAAAGACUUCUCUCUCCUUCCAAUCAAUUUAUGAUCUCAGCUAUUCUGAUUCACAGCUGGGAAACUUACAAUUUAAUGCUCAUGAAAAUUAAAAACAAACAAAUAUAUAUAUGCAUUGAUUUAAAAUGUUUGUUUCUUCCCCUCUCCCUUAAAAAAAAGGCAAUGAAAUCUAUUACUACACAUAAUAAACGAAACCCUACUUUGAAUGUUGGAUGAGCACAUUAAAAUGCGCUAUGAUUCCUUUUAUUUAUUCAGUACAUUUGUUCAAUAAAACAAGCCACCUUCUUUAAUUAAACACAUUUUAUAUUUUCAUUGCUGUUGCAUAAAAGUUGAAAGACUGAACAGGGAAUGCAUUACUAAGCCAUUACACACUUCCCAAGUGAUUGAAACCACUUAGUGCACCUCGUACGUCAUAAUGCACUGGAGAAAAGGGAUAUGAUGAUGAUUAUUAAUAACAGUAGCGGGAGAAAUGCUAAACAGUCUUUUAGCUGCGAGCAAUACAAAGAAGUGUCUUAAAAGGGCAUUUUGUAUUUGCACUUAAAAGAUUCACUAUUAUUGGGUUGGAGGCCUGUGAAUUUUUUAACCUGGUGGGGGGCUGAAAGGGCCAUUUUGCAGCUGGGGAAACUGAGGCUGAAAGGCUGCCUUUUGCUCAAGAUACAAAGCCCUAAGCAUCUUGAGACCCAGACACCUAAAAAGAUAACCUAUUGUUCUGUUCCAAUUCCCCAGUGCUGCCCAUAGACUUGGGCUGGAGCCCAAUGAGUCUGGCUACCUAUUGCAGGCUCUACGCCCCUCCCCUAAGGAAUGGAUAGGGAAAUCACCACUUAGCCAGGUGCGCCAUCAGAGGGGUGGAGAUUAAGAGGCCCUUGGGAACAAGAGCUGUGGCCCCUGGGGAGGGAUGUCCUGCCUGCGCCAGGAUGAUCUGUCUUUGCAAGGGGAUCUGAAUGAUAAAGUUCUGGGCUGGUGUAGUUGAGAUCCGAGAGAUGCCCAGGACUUCUAUGCACCCCACUUUCUGAAUCCAUACCCGUUUCACUGAUUGAAGCUGGUACAUGAUGACUCCCUGUUUCACUCAUUUAAACUGAGGUAUUCUCUCAGCCAGCUUCCUGAAGUCUCACCUUAGAAUUAGGCAUACCUGAUUCAAAGCUGUGAGACUGACUGAUGCAGAAGACUGUAGCUCGGUGGGAGAGUAUAUGCUUUGCAUCCAAAAGGUUCCAGUUUCAAUGCCUGCUGUCUCCAGGCACAGCAGGGAAAGUCUCCUGCCUGAAAACCUUGGGCAGCUGCUGCCAGUCAGAGUAGACAGUACUGAGCUGCAAGGAUCAGUGGUCUGCCUUGGCAUAAUACAGCUCCCUGCCUCCGUAACUAAUGGGUUUUAAGUGAUGAAUGAAUACGAUUUUAUCGAAUGGGAGAAACUCUGGUCUAAAUGCAGGAAAGGGUAUUGAUUUCUGAAAAUCCUAUCAAACUAGACUGUGGUAAAGUCCAAUACAUACAUAAAGGCAGGCCACAAAACGGCCAAAUAUCAAUUAUUAAUCUGACACAAUUGGCUUUUAUGAUUUCUGUAUUAUUUGUCUUGUGGAACGUGGAAAGUGGUGCCCUCCCUGUAAAUUAUUCGUUCCGUAAAGAUUUGGUUCUGCCGAAAGAACAACACAUCUUUUAAAAAGAAAAGAACAAUGCAGUGAUACUUAAACACCUGUCUCUCUGUUUUUGCUAAUCCCUGUGAAAUGGCCACCCCCCCCCCAAGUCAUGUCUGUUAGUCAGCAGCGAUGAGGAAGCAACAAAUGCCUUUUUGUUCAAUGUGAAGCUGCAACCCAAUGUGUUUAAUUGAUUUUUGAGUGUGUUCAGCAUGUGGCGAAAGCAACUUACGAGAGACCACACAGGGGCCUUCAGGGAACUUGGUGAAAUAAUAUAAUGUCAUCUCAGCUCACAGAUUAUUUGCAGGUAUUAUGCAUUCCCUGAGUGAUGGCAUCGAGUGAAACAGCAUGGCUUUUGAAGCCACUGUCCGCUGCUGCAGGAAGAUUAAAUUGGAUAAGGAAUUCUCAUCCCAACCAGAAAGUGAUGAGAGGUAGCUGAGACAUUUCAGGCUGUGUUGGGCCAGCACCGUCUCUGCUGAUUGGCUAUCUGCCCCUUGUGGGUUGCAGACUGUUGAUAUCAGCGAGGCAAACCAAGCAACAGUCAGCAAGCACAUUCCUUCCCUUGCCUUCACUUCUGUCUUCUACCAGUUUGUCCUAAGCCCAGCAAUCUCUUUACCUUCCAUUUGCUCAUAUUGUUAUCUGAUAUUUGGCAAGCUUGAACAUUUAUGCUGCCUUAUUUGUGCUUGAAUGAUGGUGGCGUGUUGGAUACCAUGAAUGAGGCAUCCAGGAUGGGAAGGGAAGUAGCCAACAAAAUGGCCAUUGUUGUCAAUCUUACCUCUUGCUGCUUCAGCAGCUAAGACUCCUCCGCCUUCCGCUGCUACAAAAGCCACCAGAACUGGCAACUCACUUGAUGGUCUUACAGAAGCUAUCAGAACCAAUUGCCUUGUGAGGAGGAGGAAGGGGAACCAUCAAGGUGAAAAGUCAUUAUCUCCACUUCUUUAAAUGGGCUCUUUGGGAUGUUGCACACUUUUUGCCGUUGAGAUGAUUUGUUGCUGCUUUUAAUUGAUCUUCUAUGAGCUUUGCAAGUGAGUUAAAGUACCUUAAAUAAUAAUAAAUGAAUGAACCAGCAAACAGCAGAUCGUCUGCUUGAAAUUCUCCUAUAACACAGACUUGGUUUUCCAGAUGGCAUAAGAACAUGCGAACAUAAAAAGAACCCUGCAUCGUGUCCUCACAGUGGCCAACCAGAUGCCUUAAAGGAAAGUCCAUAAGAAAGACCCAAGUACAACAGAACUCUCCCCUCCUGUGGUUUCCAGCAACUGGUAUUCAGAAGCAUUGCUACCUCCAACUGUGGAGGCUAGCAGCUCUCAGUAGCCUUCUCCUCCACGAAUUUGUCCAGUACUCUUUAAAAACCAUCUAGCUUGGUGUCCAUCACUGACUCCUGUGGGAGUGAGUUCCAUAAUUUAACUCUGCACUGUGUGAAAGGGCAUCUAAUUGUUUCCUGGAAACUAAGAAGGGAGGAUGCUGGACCCUUCAGAUACCUUUCCCCCACCAAAGGCCCAUCAUUAUAUGCAGAAGGCUCUGAAAUGGUAUCUGUCAGUGUGUUGGGAAUAAGCAGGGGGUAUGUCUCUAUGGUGGCAAAACUCAGAGCACAGCAAUGCAGCUUAUAUUCUGCAAGUAGAAAAAUCCCAUAUCCAAUCCUGGCAAUAAAGGGUUUUUGAAAGCUGAGCUAGUAAAGACACCAGAGUCUGAGACCUUACAGAGCCACUGUCAGUUAUUUAUUCAUGAUUUAUUUAUCAAUAAUACUUCUACCCCAGUUUAAAGACCUGAGGGGUUUUCCAAAGUCGCUUACAAAAGAUUCUAAAAACAUAUUCAAAAUCACCCUCAAAUCUGGUACAAGGACAGAGCUAGGCUCCAUCUGCACUAUACAUUUAAAGCAGUAUCAUGCCACAUUAAACAAUGAUAGCUUAUCCUAAAGAGUCCUGGGAGCUGUGGUUUCUUAAGGGUGCAGAGAGUUGUUAGGAGAUCCCUGUUUGCCUCACAGAGCUGCCAUUCCCAGAGUGGCUUAACAAUCAAUCCCUCUUCCCAGGGUACUCUAGGAACCGUUGCUCUGUUUGAGGAACAGGGGUCUGCUAACAUCUCUCAGUACCCUGAAUGAUCUCCAGUUCCUAGGAUUCAAGUUUGCAGGCAACAAGUCCUCUGAGGCAAGGGACUGGGACAGAGCAGCUGGAAGUUAUUCCAGCUGUGAUGGAAGCAGUCAGAGCACGGCUGAUGAACCUCCAGCUGUCAAUAUACUCCAGUUCCCAUCAGUCUCAGUCGGCAUGGCAGAUGCUCAGGGAUGAUGGGAUUUGUAGUCCAGCAGCACCUGGAGGGCCACAGUUUUGCCACCCAGGGGACGACAAGUGGUUUUAUUCAGAAGGUCACAGUUUCCGAUGUGAAUGUGAUGAGCAGAGGCUGAAGUUAGUGGCAUACAUCCAACCCCCUCCAGAAGUUCCAUGCAAGGGUAGCCAGCGUGACUUCUGUAGCACACGGCUCCUUUGCCAAAGGGAACGUUGUCCUUUGCAAGCAGAUGAAUGCUCAGAGCGUCUGUCUCUGCAAUGCUGGAGUAAAAGUCAUUUAUCACUCAUCACAGGUGAUGCUGCAGACUUCCACUGUCUUCCAGUUAAUGCUCUCUCUGAGUGCACAAUAAUUAAUUAGCCGGCUAUUUCCAGCUCGAUUACAACCAUCCAUCAUCGCUCCCCAAAAUCACACAAAUUGCCAUCUGUAAUGCCCACUUAAUAUUUUGGCUCAGAACGUCAGACAAUAUAUGAAGUCAUUUGCUGCCGAAAGUUAGUAAAUUUGUCGCAAGGCUGUAAAAUAUUAAUUGUCCUGUCCUUUCCUUUACUUCUGGAGCCUACCUCCGCCAUUUGUCUUGGUGUAACUAUCCCAUAUUGAAAUGCACUGGGUAUCCAGGGGUGGGUAGCCUGAAUACAAAUGCAGAAGGCAAAGCCAUUAUUAACCUGGCUUCUCCUUCAUGCUGGCUGUGGGGCAUGUCUGCACUGUCUUCUUGGGCACCAGGAGGCCAAAGAAUCUUACUGCAUUUUCAAUGGGCAAAUCUGUCCAUUUUGGUUUUGCCAAUCUGAAGCUCAGUUCUCCACAUCUCCAUUUGUUGUUGUUUAGUCGUGUCCAACUCUUCAUGACCCCAUGGACCAGAGCACGCCAGGCACUUCUGUCAUCCACUGCCUCCCACAGUUUAGUCAAACUCAUGCUGGUAGCUUUUAGAACACUAUCCAACCAUCUCUUCCUCUGCCGUCCCCUUCUCCUUGUGCCCUCCAUCUUUCCCAACAUCAGGGUCUUUUCCAGGGAGUCUUCUCUUCUCAUGAGGUGGCCAAAGUAUUGGAGCCUCAGCUUCACGAUCUGUCCUUCCAGUGAGCACUCAGGGCUGAUUUCCUUAAGAAUGGAGAGGUUGAUCUUCUUGCAGUCCAUGGGACUCUCAAGAGUCUCCUCCAGCACCAUAAUUCGAAAGCAUCAAUUCUUUGGCGAUCAGCCUUCUUUAUGGUCCAGCUCUCACUUCCAUACAUCACUACAGGGAAAACCAUAGCUUUAACUAUACGGACCUUUAACUAGCUUUAACUUUAAUUAGCUUUAACUAUACGGACCACAUCUCCAUAGCAACCUGCAAAUUUGUUUUUUGAAAAGUCUUCAUGCAAAUUCCUUGGUACGGUUGCACACACCCCGAUAUCUGCGAGCAGCAAGAGACCCUAGGGGUCCUAGCACAUGCCCAGUUUUUUAGUUUCCUUGGAAAGAGGAGGGCUACCAAUGACUACUAUCCACGAUAGCCACAGUUGGAGGCAGAAAUACUAAUUUCUGGAAACCACAGAAAGGGGAAAUGUUAUUGUGCUUGAAUCCUGCUUCUGGUUUCCCACAGGCAACUGUUCUGCCACUGUGAAAAUAGGAUAUGGACUAGACAGGCCUGAUCCAGCAGGCUCUUCUUAUGCUCUUAAUAAAGACUGUGGUGUCUUUAGAAUAGAUCAGGAAUAGGCAAGCUCGGCCCUCCAGAUGUUUUGGGACUAAAACUCCCACCAUCCCUAGCUAACAGGACCAGUGGUCAGGGAUGAUGGGAGUUGUAGUCCCAAAACAUCUGGAGGGCCGAGUUUGCCUAUGCCUGGGAUAGACGGUUGUAUUUACACAUAUAUACAACCUGAGUAUAGGAUGGAGGGGCUUACAGCAUUACUCUCUGGCAGAUUUUGCCUUCCCAUUAGGUUCCCAGGAAGAUCCCCAAGCCAUAACUUUGGGUUCAGCACAGAACAAGACAAUCCUCUGUGUCUCCUGCUUCCAGCAUUAGCUAAAACUCUCUCUCACACACAGCCCCUCUUGGCCUAUUGUUCUCCAUCCUAGGAUAUCCUGGCAUCCAGCCAGGUGAGGUGGGAAAAGGCCCACCCAUUUGUCUCUAUGGCAACAGAUCUCACUCUUUAAAGAUGCUGAUGAUGCGUACUUGGCUGAGCGGCUAAGGCUGCUACCUUCACAAAUGAACUAGUUUGACUGCUUCAGCUGAUUUCCUCUUAUAGAUUCUAACCUCACAGAUAAAGAAUCAGAGUUUUUGAAUGGACCCACAAAUAUCUUCCAGACUGAUGACUCCCCAAACAAUACACUCGCCCCCCCAAUUAAUUAAUUUUACUCUUAUUUUCAGAAAUAUAUGCAUAUUUGUGAACACUUCCUCCCUCGCUUCCAUGGUUGUGUACACAUGUUUGGAAAGCUGCUCUGCAAAAGUUGGAGAAGUGUGAAUUUGGAAGAAGGACAGUGUUUCAAUUCACGUAUUUUUUCAUAGGAUGUGAAUUAGGUAGGUUUGCCUUUAAAUGCAAAUGGAACUGAAUUUCUCCCCCACCCUUAGUAGUGGCCUGUGAGGUGGGGAGGUAGCAUACUGUGGUCUCUGCUUACCAUAACUCUCUUAUGCCAAAUUGAUAAACUCAUUCCCAGUAACCCUGACCCUAUUCUAUAAAAAGCAUUAUUCAGAAGAUUGGUUUGCAUGACUUACUAAGGAACAUGCUAGGGUUGCCUAUUUUUAUUUUUUUUUUAAAAAAGUUGCUGAGCUUUUUCUAGUUUUUGAUCUAUUUUUUUAUUGCCAAAAUCUACACUACCAACAUGGGCUGCCAUACAUCCAGAUUUUCCCAGAUGUUUAAGCAAUUUCCUACCGGACGCUAUUUACGAGGGCUGAAUACUGGCUAUGUCCAGGAAAUCCCUGACGUAUGGCAACCCUAAAACAAUAAAAUUCAAAAUGCUAACAAUGUGUUCAAAAUCCAAUGGAAACUAUUUAGCUUAAUCAAUUCAACAAAAGUGAUUAACUUGAUCCAGUGAUGCCAGCUUUUCAAAGACUGGUAGUCAUUUAUACAGCCAGUGACCUCCUGCUUCUUAGUAAUCCCACCUCGCCGUGGGAUGGUCCCACCCAAUUUGGGAACCACUGGUGUAGACAAUAUUGAGUUAGAUGGAUGAUCUGACUCAGUCUCAGGCUGCUUUCCACAUUCUGUUCAGGAAGCGGCACUUCCUGCUUUGCUGUCUGAAACGAUACAGUCGACUCUUCCACCUCACCUGCUUUUCAUUCAGCCGCCUGCCUACCCUCAGCUGUAUCAAACACACUCCGAGCUGUGCUCUCGGGGUGGUAAUUGUUCUUUGUUUGCUUUGUUUCCUUUUGUAUUUCCUUUCAGCCGCAGGUAAACAGGUAAACAGAAGAAAACCAGCUGAGCUAAUCCGAAAGCUUGCUGGGGCUUUUGCAAGGGGAAUAGAGGAGGUGGAAGGAGAAAUUUCAUAAAAAUAAAGUAACCCACAUGGGCUUUUCUUCUUUUUUUUUUUUUUUUUUUUUAAAUCAUAUUUAUUGAAGUUUCCAAAAAUAUAAAAGUACAAAGAAAAAAGAUAAAAGAAAGAAGAUAUUUAAAAACCUUACUUUCAUUCCCUACUUUCUGGAACUCCCCCCCCCCCGGUUGUAUUCCCCUUUCCUUAAUUUGGUUCUACAAGCUCUCACUCCCAAAUUUAAAGCUUAAUUUGUUUAACCCACUAUCCAAUUUGAAUUGUACAAAUCUUACCACCGUCCCACAUCAUUAACAGAAAAAGAAAAAAGAUUUUCCCCAAGAUCCACCCCAGUUCCUUCCACAAAUUCCCUUUUUUUUAAACACGUCCGAUCAAACAUCGGACUUUUCAUCCACAUGGGCUUUUCAUCUCUCUGCCCCCCACCCUACCAAAUUGUCAACUUUUCUUCAUAUAGCUGUUUGCUCCUCCAGCCAUCAUUGCAAUGAAUCUGAAGGCAAUCAGAAGGCAGCCCUGUUUAGGGAAGUGUUUAAUGUUUAAUAGAUUAGUGUUUAAUGUUUAAUAGAUUAUUGUAUUUUAAUAUUUUGUUGGAAGCCACCCAGAGUGGCUGGGGAAACCCAGCCAGAUGGGCAGGGUAUAAAUAAUAAAUGAUGAUGAUGAUGAUGAUGAUGAUGAUGAUGAAGGGAGGACUUGAUUACCUUUUCAGGCUGUUGUUUUCAAGCCAACCUGGAAAGACGGGGAGGCAGAGGAGGUACCCCUCUUUCCUUCAGGCUUGUUGCUUUAUAUAGGACUGGCUUGCACAGCUGAAGGGCAAGAGGUAAGUCCUUCGUUUCACUGCUAAUGCAAAGAGCAUAAGGGACCUCUGCCUUUUAUGUAAACCAAUUAAGAUGGCUUAUGCUUCCUCCAUGGCCUUCCAUGCCCCCCUUCCCUGCUAAUAUAUUUGUCACAUUAAAGCCUACAGCAGAUAUGCAGAGAGAGGGAGAAGUGAGCUAAUGAAUUGCAACAGACUGGUCCAUCCAUGCGACAAGAACAGAUGAGUGUCAAGCAGAUAACACCACCAGCCCAUCUCCUGACACUUAAUGUUUGUCUUUUCCGCCUCCGCCUCUGCCUCCUCCUCUGCUUCACCUGUAGUUCAGGUGGAAGGGCAGGUGAGUGAGCUGUUUCCUUUGGAGUGCUCUAGGAGGAAAUGAAAGGAAGCACUCUGAGAUGAGCAUGCCUUGACACCUUAUGGUCAAGGGUGGACAUCAGGCGAAUGUUCUAAAAGGAGUCACCAAUAUGAUGCUUCCAGCAGAGAGGACAAAAGCCCUUUUGCCAACAUAAUCUGAUGGGGUGGACCCUGGGAUCACAUCCCAUGUUGCAGAGAAAGGGGUGCAGGUUUUGAAUGGCAAGCGGCGGUGCUCAGCCUGAGAGUUCUGACUCAAUGGCCUUGGAGACCAGUGAACAGCACAGCAUUUCUCAGGGUCCCCCAAGCUUAGGGUAACAUGUGUUUUAUGAAGUUCUUUCCUUCUUCAAUUAAUGCUAAACUCCACCUAUUGUUAUACCAAAGUGAAAAUCACAAAUCCUGUAAGGUUUUUCCAUUUUGUGGCAAUUGAGGUUCUGGCAGGUUCUGGAUUGUAUCUUCUAUACAACAAAUAGAUAGGCACACAUAUUCCUCUCCACAGUACAUAGAGGGAAGCUGAUGGGAGGCCAUUGAGGCCACCUGAACCUCAAAUGACAGAAGUACCCCCAAGCUGCGUACCCACUCCUUCAGAGGGAGUGUGACCCCUUGAAGAGCAGGCUGUCAGGAGCUCGUCCUACAUUCAAGUAGGACCCUGGCAGAGACACAUGCCCGAAUGGCAUGUUCCCUCCCUCCUGGUCGAACAUUCGGGAGCUUCAAAAGCUUUCUUCUGCCCGAACAUCACAGCGCCGGAUGCCAACAGACAUCGGCGCACUUAGGGAUCCGCAGAGUCUUCGCAGCUUGCGUAACAGAACUCAGCAACUCAGCAUUUUGGCUAAUCUACUUUAUUUACAUAUAAACACACACGGAGCACUGCAACAUGGCUCCCUCUCUCUCUAGCAUCAGACAGCAAAGAGAAAGAACAAAGGACAAUAGUCCCACUUCAUGGAACACAGUAACACAAACAUCCUGUCUCCAUCGCUUCCGACUCUGUGGAGUCAAAACAUGUACCAUCAUGUGAUAGACAACAAUCCCAUGACUGCAAUCAUGGAGCAGGAAUUCUAACACAGGCAACCACCCACUAACUGUGCCUCUGUCUUAUCAGGAUUGAAUUUCAGUUUGUUGGCUCUCUUCCAGUCCAUUACCAGGACAAGAAUGCAGGCCAGCACAUCCACUGCCUCACCUGCAGAUGUAAAGGAGAAGUAGAGGUGUAACUUGUAUAUACAGUAUCCCACCUUUUCCUCUAAGGAGCUCAAGGUGGUGUACAUGGUUCUCUUUCAUUAACCCCCACAACAACCCUGUGAGUUCGGUUAGGCUGAGAGGCAGCAGCUGGCCCAGGGUCACCCAGUGAGAUUCAAGACUAAGUAUGGAUUAGAAUCUUGCCCUCUCCUAGGUCCCAGUCUGACAUUCUAAGCACUAAAAAACACUGGCUUUGUCGGCACACCUAUCCUUAUUCUCAUCAGGGCUCUUUUUUUCUUUUCUUUUUUCUUUUGCUAAGACUGGAGCUUGCGUGAUUACCUAUAAUAACCCCCCCUCCCUGCUUUCCACAUAGAACAUUAGCCUGGCAUGGUCCCUUGCUAAGUCAUUUCAGCUGGCUGAUAUGAAAAGAGGCAAAAAGAAAUUCUUUCUGAAGCUGACAUCAAAGAUGAUAGAAGAUCAAAAAUGUUUUAAAGGGGGGAGUAUUAAAGGCAGGACCCGAAGCGAUGCAGCUAAUGAAAAUGUAAGAAAGGGGCCAGGGAGGAGGGAGUUUAAGGGAAGGAUGUAGAGAUCAGACCCUUUUGUCGAAAACGAGUCUGUUUACUUAAGAAAGUGCGCGCACACCAAUCCAAACGGUCGGAAGGUGCUAUUAAAACUCAUGAAUUCAGACGAGAAAGUGAUUUCUAUUGGGAUGUAAAUUUAUAUUCAUGAAAGAACUUUGGCGAUGAGGAUGAUUUUUAAAAACCAACAAAACCAAACCGUGGAGAACCUUGUUUCUAUUCAAGGCGUAGCAGGCUGACACUUGCAUCUCAGAAAUAAAAGGCGGCUCCCAUCACAACACCAGGGUGAAUAUUCAUAGCUGCUUUUAAAAAACUGGUUUCUGUGGGCUAUUUCCCUUAACAGCUCAACGAAGGCUCACAUUCCCUCUCUUUUCCCCCCUCCCAUCUUCCACAGCCCCCCUCCCAAGAAUCCCUUUUUUGUAUGUGUGUGUGUGUCUAUCUUUUGUGCAGAGAACAAAGAACAUUGCAUCUCUCCCCCCCACCCCACCUCUCCAUCUGAACAGAUUUAAUCUCUGACGCUUAGAGGCAAAGGAAACUGCGCAAAACAAAGACACACAGCAUUUUAUCCGCCAUGUCAAGGUUCAUAAAACAGUUCUUCCUCUCUGCAGGGGCAGGGGUGGGGGAAAAAAAGAGGGUCGGGGAAUAAAAAAGAGAAGUUUCCCGGUUUGGGCACAGGGUUGUUAAAGAAGGUGGCAUCUCACAGAAAGGAAUCUGAGUAAGAAAUGAAAGUUAAGGGUGCAUUUAGAUGUGGGGAAUGUUGCACUGGUUUUUCUGACUAUUAUGCUAGUGGUUCUCAUGUUCUGUUCAAACUGCAGGACCUGUUGCAUCACAGAACUGGCUUUUGGACCAAGACACCAGCAUGUUGUGCUAAAUCCCAUUCACAGCAGUGGGUGCAGUGUAGCACAACAGUGAAUAUAAUUGGACAACAUCAUUACUCCUCCAUCCUUUCUACACCUGAGUGCUUCUGUUUCCCUGUGAAAAUGACAGGAAAUAACUGCAUGCCAGCGCAGUACCCCAAAUUUCAUCACUUUACUCCCAAGGUUUUCUGGGUCAAUGGGGUUGCACAUGGAUUUUUUUCCUGGAACCAAUAAACACAGCUGGGGGAGAAA